AAAGCCGUGCAAGCCGCUUCGGCGCUCAGCAGUCCGAGAUCCACGCGACGAAAGACUCCGCUGAGAUUAGAGCUGGCUAGGCAGGAAGCUCCCCGCCGAAGGACGCUUUUAGGGAAGGAAGGGGGAAAGAAAGAGCGGGCGGGUCACCAACGCUCCGGGUAGGUGGAGACUCCGGAGCCGCAAGGAGGGGCCGCGGUCGGAGGAAGCGAAGCGGCUCUUCCCUCUUCCUAGUAAUUAUUAACCCAGAGCUACCUGGGCCGCCGCCGCCACGCGCAGUUUCUCCUCUCCCGGGGAGGGCGCGCCACUAGGCCGGGCGGAGCAAGUCGGAGUUGCUGAGCUAUACCUCGGGGCAAUGGCACCGCCCCGAAACUCCCGCCUGCCUUGCCCUCCCCGUGCCAGAUUUAGGACAAGGUGGUGGUGAGGGGAGACGCUCCCCUGGCUUGACCCUGCUGGUGUCGGACUUGGAGGCACCUGCUAACGAUCGCCUCCAUAUGGAACGCCACACCAAAAAAGGGGAACAAAGGUGAUGUUUUUAUGUUGGGCCAAGCUUCCGUUAGCAUAACAGUAGUACAUAAACUGCCGGGAUGUAGUAAACUAGCCGUAACGAACCAUAUAUCAAAUGUUAUAAUUUGUGGAUUGAAUCCAGAGGACGAAUUUUUAACCAUUAUAUGGGUUAAUUGGCUUACCAAUUACAGGACGCCUGUGUUGUCAACAACUGUUUUGUGAGUUACCACAGCUAAUUGCAUGAUUGCACUCUUCUGUAUUUCCUUUCACUCUAAACUCACGGUGUAUAAUUACCCCCCUUCAAACCAUGUUGUACAUAUAUAACAUUUCAUGUAUCUGGUUCAAUGGAUGGGAGUCUUUGAAAGCAUAUGCUGUAAAAAAAAUUCUUAGCCUUUUAGGUGGCUAGAAAAAAUCCGUUUUUGCUGCAAGAGAUUUCGUCCGAUGAACAAUUGUCCAUAAAAACUGGUUCUAGAAGAAAUUUGUCAGACUUCACCUGUGCUACAAGAUACGUUGCUGUCAAUACAGUAAUGGCAACACAGUAGAUGGGCAGGACUUUGAGUGAGGAUAAUAAUGUGCUUGACCUUAUGUCUUGAUCUGGAUGUUAUGGUUCUAUGUCUGUGGCUGGAUAUAGACUCUGUACAUUCACUUGAAUAAGGUAUGUUUUUAAAUCUUCAUUUAAAAAUAAAAAGGAAACAGGAAUUUAAUGUAAAUCCCAUUAGAAUCAGUGGGACUUUUUCCAGCCAAGCAUGCUUAGGAUUGGGCUGGAAAAUGUUAUGUUUCCACAAGCAUUUCCAAACUAUAGUAAUGUCACAUAGACAAAGGGAACUGCUUUGGAAAACCUGUUACUUAUUAUUGACCAUUUAUACAAUUUCAGCUGAGAAUGCAGAGUUAACCACUUCAAUAGAAGACCAGAAUAUUCACCUUGUAGUAUUUAUUUUAAUUACAGCUGCCAGCUGCCACUUCACUCAUUCACAUCCAUCUUUUGUUGUGUUUGGCACAAAACUCAGAGAUGCAAUGCCUGUCAAACAACGGACUCCACGGCUAUGGAAGAAACAGAAAACUAAACCUAUAACCAAUGCUUAUAAAUGCUUAAUGGAUUUUGGUAAGGCAGAAAUUCAGGAACUUAGAGAAGUGUGGAACAGUGAAUUAGAAGGUAUUACAUAGCCUAAACAAUAGAAAAUUGCUUUAGAGUCUAUACAGAAUAUUUCCUGGGACCCGAGAUUGAUUCAGCAAAAAUUAAUAUUUUGAGUAUUGGAUUCCACAACUUCUGUAUAAGAUUGUACUGUCUAAUACAGAAAGAUGUUGUAAUGCUAAAAAUGCCUCUUUAAGGCACAUGAUGUGAGCUUAUCAAGUGGUCUGAAGUUGUUAAAAGGUAAAGGACCCCUGACAGAUAAGUUCACUCGCGAACGACUCUGGGGUUGCAAUGCUCAUCUUGCUUUACUGGCCGCGGGGGCCGGCAUUUGUCCGCAGACAGUUUUCCCGGGUCAUGUGGCCAGCAUGACUAAGCCGCUUCUGGCAAACCAGAGCAGAGCACGGAAAUGAUGUUUACCUUCCCGCCAGAGCGGUACCUAUUUAUCUACUUGCACUUUGACAUGCUUUCGAACUGCUAGGUUGGUAGGAGCUGGGACUGAGCAACGGGAGCUCACCCCAUCGCAGGGAUUUGAACCACUGACCUUCUGAUCGGCAAGCCCAUGGCUCUGUUGUUUAAUCCACAGCGCCACCCGCGUCCCUAAGAUUCUAAUUACACAGCAAGAAAUGGAAUAUGUCCCUCAGGGGAAAUUGUAUAUCUGCCCCACCCGCCCCACUAGCUUGUUCACUUAUACAGCUUUUUUUCAAGAAUGCGGAGUCGUGGACUAAGAUGGAAGGAUAUUAGGUCGGACCUGAGAGAAAAAGAUUAGAAUCCUCACUCAGCCAGGAAGAUCCCUGGGCCAGUCACUUGCUCAGCCUAGCCUCCCUCACAGAGUUGUUGUGAGGAUAAAUUGGGGAGUGGAAGAACCCUGAGCUCCUUAGAGGAAAGCUAAAAGCUCACAUAAAUAGGUACAUAACAAGCAAAAAGUUAGUAGGUGAGGGCCCCCCAUUACCUGAGUAUAAGCCUCCUUGAAUACACAUGCAUAGAAUUGGGUAGUGACAGUGAAGUUUCAAGAGUGGAAACUCUGAUUCAUAAGCGAGCAUCCCCUCUCACUAGGCAGGGGGCAGGGCAGAAGGAGACAGCCCCAUACACACCAUAAUCUCUUUCCCAUCCUCCCAAUACCACCCAGGAGGAAACAACAGCAGGGGAGGAGGACUUGAAGUUAGAGGCAAUGCAAACCCACUGUUUCAGAUUCUGCAUCUCUGAAAGUGACUUUCAGUUGGAAGGUAUCUCCUGCAGCCAUCAGAUAACUUUAACAUGUAUGCAGUGUUCGAAACUCCCAUUGUUCUAGGUCUAGGUGCAUUUUGCAACAGGCAAUUUCUUAGUACUGUCUAAGAUUUCAGAUUAAAACUGCAGAGUGGAAGGAAAGGACCUUUUUCUGCCUCUUCACUUCCAGCUACUCUGAAGACUGGAGCAUAAUCCCUCUUAAGAAUAUUAGGAGGAGGACAGGGGAAGGACUAGGCCAUAUGAAAAAUGCAACAUAAUAUUUUAGCUGCAGUUUAUUCAUUUCCAGAUUUGUAUUCUUGCCAUAAAAAAGUGAGCUGAGACAUUCCAUUGUUGCGCCCAUAACCUAGGUUUAAGGUGCCAUUUAGCUCCUAGCUUCCAUAUCUCAGUUUUUAACACUACCUACUUGUGCCCAUUCAUCACGACCGGCAGAACGGAUGUCAGAGAAAAAAGGCUGAAAUGCUGUAGGGCAAACUAUGUGUGCCAUUGGCAGCUCAGCUUCCCUUGUAGACCUGAUUUCCUAUCCCAUUAGUCCAAUGGAUAGUCAGGCCUUGAGAAGCAUGGAACUAGAAAGGGUUGGUCAGGUACAGAGAUAGCCAGUGGUAAGGUUGCCUUUGCCUCUCCCUGAGGAUAUGUGAAAUACAGGUGGUCCACUUAGAAGCUGUCCUGGUCCACCAUUGUGUCUCUGUUCCAGCCCAGGGACUGUUCUAGCUAGUGCCUACGUUCCCAGAAGCAGGCCUUCGUCAGCCACCUGACUGGCACAAUAAUGCUGCCAUUCUGUAUAGGAAGACAGGGUGCAUUGUACAGCCACAGCCGCCUAAGAGCUGUUCAUGCAACUCUUCUGCUUGAAAGGAAGUAUUGUUUGAGAUGACCCAGCCCUUCAACCUCUCCCCAACACCAGGGAGGCAGAGCUGCUCCCAGCAGACAGAACAGCGCCAUUCAGAGUCCUCCACAUCUCCAUCCCACAGCAGCUGCUGGUGGCCCUGGCCUAUCUUGGUGAUGUGAGGCCCAAAACAACAAGGACUUAGGGAGGCAGGGCAUGCUGGACCAUGCCACUGAAAGCUACAUCUUCAGCCAUGGAACACACAGCAGAAGGAAGGAGGAUGAAAUAAUCUAAGUGCCAGCUGCUGGUUUUGUGCCUAGUUCCAGCCAGAGAUUACUCUUGUCAGGACUGAGGGAUUGUACUGGCUCAUGGUAGUGCUGUCUGGAAUGUGUGUCAUGCAGUUUAGGGACCAUCCAGAACCAAAGCCUGGCAUAGCUGCCAAGUUUUCCCUUUUCUCGCGAGGAAGCCUAUUCAGCAUAAGGGAAUUUCCCUUAAAAAAAGGGAGAACUUGGCAGCUAUGAAGCCUGGUUCUGAGAAACAGCUCCCAGAAUAGCAGAAGCGAAGCACUGGGUAAGGUGGGGAAACUGCUUUUAAUUGAGUUUUAUAGUUAUUUAAUAACAAACAAAGCAACCAAAAACAAACAACACUUGUUUACUAAUUACAGAAGAUAAUGAGGGGGUUUUAUCAGCACAAUAUAUUUCCACAUGUAUCAUGUUGAAGAAUGGAGAUAACCCUGCCACAAAGUUGGAUUAGGCACCAGAGGGCAAGGAGGGUGUCCAUUUAUUAAUACAGCUAAUAAAUGGAAGUGAAGCCAUAAAAAAUAGUAUCAAAACGUUCCCUUUUUUGCUUUACCUUGAAUAAUCCCUCUGUCCUGUGUGAAGCACUCAGGCAGUGCUACAUUUUAACAUACAAACCAUGUUUUGUAGGAGGUGUAUUCCCUUUUCAACAGCCUGUUAAUUCUAAUUGAGCCACUGCCAAUACCACUGCUAGUAAUUUUUUAUGCUUAAUUUCCUCAUUGAGCUCACUUUUAAUUGACUAGAGUGCCAAUACUGGUCCAACUGAAGUCUUUUGCUAGUAAUCUUAACCAGCUCUAAGAACGCUUCCUCUGAAAACUUGUUCGCAAAAGGAUAGCUCCACCACAUGUAGAACAGUGAUCCUGUCUCAGCACAUCCCCACCUGCAUGAUGGCAACACAUUAUUUGCCAUGUAGGGCAGAUUUAGAGGAAUUCUAAAUGUUGGCUUCCUGGAUUCUCACAAAGACAGUGUAUAAACUGGGAGGAGGAGUUAGUCCACACACUCUCGGAUUCACUAUCUUCAAACUCUACUCAAAUCAUUCUUCCACACCUUCUUAAUGUCAUCUGUCAUGCCCAUUACAUGCUGUUAGGCACAAUAACUUUUGGCAAUAACCAUGCCAAUGGGAGCUAUGUUGCUGGUGAACAUAUCCCAGGCUGGCUGCUGUUCCUGUGAACAGAGCAAACAGCAGAAACGGCAGAAAACAGAAUUGAAAGAAGUGCUCUAGAACACUAGUAGAAUAGUAGAAUGAAUGGGAACUAAUUUUCUGCAUUUCUAAAACCAACUGGCUGGUUCUAUCAUACUACUUCCUGAUAUACACCGCUGUCAUGUAGAUUUCUCAUAAAUGUCCCUAAAAACAUAGGAUUACCAAGGAUACAGAGGUCACACCUAAGAUGUAUUAAGGUAAAGGGACCCCUGACCAUUAGGUCCGGUCGUGACCGACUCUGGGGUUGCGCGCUCAUCUCGCAACCGGCGUAUAGCUUCCAAGUCAUGUGGCCAGCAUGACAAAGCCGCUUCUGGCAAACCAGAGCAGCACAUGGAAACACCGUUUACCUUCCCGCUGUCUGUAGCGGUUCCUAUUUAUCUACUUGCAUUUUGACGUGCUUUCGAACUGCUAGGUUGGCAGGAGCUGGGACCAAGCAACGGGAGCUCACCCCGUCACAGGGAUUCGAGCCGUCGACCUUCUGAUUGGCAAGCCCUAGGCUCAGUGGUUUAACCCACAGCGCCACCUGGGUCUAGAUGUAUUAGAAAGCCUAUAUACCCUGCUGAACAUAUUUAGCAAUAGGCACUGUCCUUAAUGCUCAGUCACAGCAAACAUGGGGAGAAGGCUGGAUGGUUGUGGGGGUGGACAGGGGCAAUUGUUCAGGCCCUCAACUUUGUGUUGCCCCAUGUCUGGCACAGACGGCCAUGGCGGGCAGCACCACUGCAGGUCCAGCCCUACUGCUUCUUACCUGCAAAGAUACCCUUCCUCAAUCAAAACUCUCUCUUUUAAUUCUAAAAUGUAUUUGAAUUUUUUAAAGAAAUAAAAAACUGCUUAACUUUGGCUGGAUUGUGCCCUACCAUUUUGUGACCUAAACAAACUAUAGCAAACUUUAGAUAGGAAAUGAAUGGUCCUCUUCUCUGCUGUCAUAGGUAACUCAAGGGCCCUUUUUUGUGAAUGUCCUAAACUACCUGAGUUUCUCCUUUUUCCUGUGUAAUUUUUUUAAAUAAAAAAUUAACAAUAAAACAACAUUGAAACUCUUAUUACAGUGAGAAACUGUGAUACUUCUAACAACAAUGCCUCUAAGCAGACUUGCAUUGGUUACAUUAAGGUGGAAUACAAAAAAGGCCGUUAUCAGGUAAAAGUGUCUCGGCACACCUUGCAAAUCAACAUACGGAAGGAACGAGACCCGCGUCUCCGUGAAGCCAUUCCUUGCAUUUCCCCCUUCGGUAGCUUACACCACUGAAUUAAUUUUUCACCCAAGUCUGCCUGGCUGCCAUUCUUUGGCGACCUGGUGCCUUCCAGAGGUCUUGGACUACAAUUCCCAUCAGGCCCAGCCAGCAGAUGUUUCGGCGGGAAAUGCAGUCCAAAACGUCUGGAGGGGCACCAGGUUGGCCAAACUUGCUCCAUAAAUUACCCCUUCCCUAUUGCGCCUGCAACAAGCAGCCUGAGGAUUACGGUAAGUCCUUACAUGAUAACAAAGACCUCUCCAGGGGGAAAACAGAAAACGAAGCGCGGGCCGAGUCUAACUGGACGGGCGUCUGGCCGCGCUGCUUCCCCGGGAGUCGCUCCUUCUAAGCUCUUCGCUGGACAGAGACCCCUCAGACAACCUCUGCUUCCCAUGAUGCACCGCGAACGUAGACUCAGUUCGGCCGCGCCCCCUUACCACUAUCCCGUGAUCCACUGCGGCUCCGCGCGCGGGAAGGGAAGAUGGCGGCGGCUGUCGGGCUCCCGGAGCGGGGAUAUUUGGAGCUGGUGGGCGCUGAGCGGGGAGCGCGGCGCCGGGUUCGCGAGCUCGUGUUCAGCCUCGCAGGCGGCGGCUCGUCCGUCACGCCCGUUCGCUACGCCGACAGCGCCGGAGGAUUCUGGUACCAAGAGAAUGCGCAGCUGGGGUCUGUGACCAGGAACCGUUUCAUCCACUGGGCUACAUCAGGUACAACCUUGGAACUGGUAGAGGAAUCCCUUGAUAUAAACCUUUUGAACAAUGCUGUUCAGCUCAAAUUUCAGAAUUGUAGCCUCUUACCUGGAGGAGUACAUAUAUUUGAGACCCAGAAUAAUGUUGUUAUCUUGAUUUCAACCAAUCAGACAGUACAUAGGUUGAUUUUACCACACCCCACUCGGAUGUACAGGAGUGAGCUGAUCACAGAAAGUCAUGUGCAGUCAGUUUUCACAGAUGUUGGAAAAGUUCAUUUAAGAGAUCCUUUUAACUAUUGCGUGAUUCCUGCAAUCCCUGGUCUGUCAACUCAUUCCACUGCUUCAGCAGCUUGGCUUACCAGUGAUGGAGGAGCACUCUUUGCUUUGCCAUCUGCAUCUGGUGGGAUUUUUGUCCUUAAUCUGCCACCUCACAAUACUCAUGGGAUGGUUUCAACUCUAGUCGUGGAGUUGAAACAGAGUUCAGUCAUGCAGCGCUUGCUUACAGGUUGGAUGCCAACAGCUAUGAGAGGAGACCAAGGUCCUUCGGAGCUUCCUGUUAGCUUGUCUGUCCACUGUCGUGAGCAUGAUGCCCUCCUCUUUGCACUGUACCAGGAUCAUAAACUUCGAAUGUGGUCUUACAAAGAUCAAAUGUGCCUGAUGGUGGCUGAUAUGUUGGAAUUUGUGCCUGUAAAUAAGGACCUAAGACUUGCUGCUGGGACUGGACACAGAUUACAGCUGGCAUAUUCUGAAACCCUGGGGCUUUACAUUGGUGUAUACUUGCAUGCACCCAGACAAGGACAGUUCUGUGUCUUCCAGUUGGUCAGCACAGAGAGUCAACGCUACAGUCUUGAUCACAUAUCGUCACUGUUCACUUCUCAGGAGACCCUUGUUGACUUUUCCUUAACUACUGCUGAGAUCUGGGCACUCUGGCAAGAUGAUGAAAAUAGGACCACUGUGAAAUACAUCAAUUUUGAGCACAAUGUUGCAGGUCAGUGGAACCAAGUCUCUGUGCAGCCCCUGCCACCUGAAGAAGUGGAUAUUAGAGAUGACCAGGACCCAAGGGAAACAUUUACAGAGGCCAUCUUCAUGCCUGGACAGUUCACAAAUGCGGCUUUGCUUAAAGCUUUACAGAUAUUUUCUCAAAGAGCUGAGCACCUCACAGACCUGUCCUGGGAUGAGCUGAAAAAAGAAAUUACAAUAGCUCUGGAAAAUGAGUUCCAAGGAAAUGUGACUGAGUAUGAAUUCUCACAAGAAGUAUUUAGACAGCUGCAAAUAGAAUUUUGGUCUAAAUUCUAUGCUUACUGUGUUCAGUACCAAGAAGAACUCUCACACCCACUUGCACUUCUCUUGAAUCAAUGCACUAGCAUGGUGUGCCUGCUUAAAAAGGGACACCUGUCUUUUCUUGUGCCCUGCUCCCUAAUGGAUCACCUUUACCUUUCACUUGAUGAACAACUGGUGAAUGAAGUUGAGAGCACUGGCUUAGAUGAAUCUGAAUUUUCUCAUGAUCUUGUGAGUCUUGUUCAGUGUCUUCGGUUAAUUGGUGAAUCAAUUUCUGUGGAGAUGGCACUAACCAUGGAAAUGGCUUGCUGCCGUUCCCAGCCGCCAGAGAGAGCUGCAGGACAGAUCCUUCAUGACUUGAUUGCUAAUGACACAGAGAAUCUAAUGGAGGAUAUUCACAGUAAAUUGCAAGAGAUCAAAAACCCAAUUGAUGCUAUUGGCAUGCUUAUCCGGGAAAUGGACUAUGAGACAGAUGCGGAAAUGGAAAGAGGACUCAAUAUUGUCCAACCCCUAAAUGUGCGCAUGCAUCUCUCACAGCUCUAUGGUAGUAGCACAACAGUAAACAUGGUGUGUCGGUGUGUGUACAAGAUGUCCAUGACUCGCUUUUUGCUUUGUCGGGACUUGUUGAUUUUACAGCAGCUCUUGCUACGGCUUGGAGAUACUGUAUUGGGCGGAGGCCAACUAUACCAUACUCAACAGAACUUGCUGCAUCGCACAUCUCAUUUGAUAUUAUCAUAUUACCUGAUCAGGUGGGCAAGUCAACGCUUGGCAUCAGAUGUUCCAGUUGAUGAACUGGAAUGUAACCUACAGCAUCUUUCUGUAUUAAAACUGACAGAUUCUACGGCUAUAACACCACUCAAGCUAGUGUCCAGCCCUCAAACUAUCGUGGAGCUGUUCUUUCAGGAAGUAGCCCGAAAACACAUAAUAUCUCAACUGUUUCCACCUAACACAGCCUUGGAUGAAUCAAGUUUGAGUUGGCCUCAAAUGUUUUCUGCAAUUUCCAGUUAUCUCCUGCAGUUCUUGUGGCCAAGCAAUCCUAACUUCCUCUUUCCAGAAUGUUUGAUGGGGGCUUGUCAGUAUGCUCAAUUGCAGGAAUAUAUUCGUUUUCUGGGACCUUGGUGCCAUGUGAAUAUGGGGUCAUGCUGUUUUAUGAUGGGACGCUGCUACCUUGUUAUGGGAGAAGGACACAAGGCUCUGGACUGUUUCUGUGAAGCAGCCUCAGAAGUUGGAAAAGAGGAGUUUUUGGAUAGACUAAUUAGAUCAGAGGAUGUUGAAAUGGCUUCAACCCCACGGCUACAGUACUAUGACAAGGUUCUGCGUCUUCUGGAUACCAUGGGUCUACCUGAACUGAUCAUUCAGUUGGCUACCUUAGCAAUCACAGAAGCAGCUGAUGAUUGGAGAAGCCAAGCUACCCUGAGGACAUGCAUUUUCAAACACCACUUGGAUUUAGGACAUAACAGUCAAGCAUAUGAAGCCAUGACCCAUAACCCAGAUUCUAGCAGGCAGCUGGAUUGUUUACGGCAGUUGGUGGUAGUUCUCUGUGAACGCUCCCAGCUCCAGGAUCUUGUGGAGUUCCCCUAUGUGAAUCUCCACAAUGAGGUUGUGGGAAUAAUUGAAUAUCGUGCUCGGGCAGUAGAUCUGAUGACACACAAUUACUAUGAGCUGCUAUAUGCUUUCCAUGUAUAUCGCCAUAAUUACCGGAAAGCGGGAACAGUGAUGUUUGAAUAUGGAAUGCGCCUUGGCAGAGAAGUCCGUACCCGCUCUGGACUGCAGAAGCAAGCAAACUGUUAUCUUGCAGCUCUUAAUUGUUUGCGGCUCAUUCGCCCUGAAUAUGCAUGGAUAGUUCAGCCAGCUUCUGGUGCAGUGUAUGAACGUCCAGGAGCAUCCCCCAAGAGAAGUCAUGAUGGAGAGUGUGCUGCUGCCCCAACGGGAAGUCGGAUUGAAAUCUUGGAGCUGCAGGAUUUGGAAAAAGAAUGUGUGCUGGCUCGCAUACGGCUAACUUUAGCACAACAUGAUUCAACAACAACAGCUAUUACAGGAAACUCAUCCCCCAAGGAGCUGGUAACCCUGUUGGUGCAGGCUGGUCUCUUUGACACUGCCAUUUCUCUCUGCCAGACCUACAACUUUCCCUUAACACCUGUGUUUGAGGGUCUUACUUUCAAAUGCAUUAAACUCCAGUUUGGAGGGGAAACAGCAUUAACAGAAGCAUGGGAUUGGCUAGCUGCAAAUCAGUUGUCAUCAGUCAUCACAACCAAGGAGACCAGUGCAACAGAUGAAGCAUGGCGUCUUUUGUCCUCCUACCUGGACAGAUAUAAGUCUCAGAACUGUCCAUACCAUCGCUGUGUAAUCAACAAGUUGCUGUCUCAUGGAGUGCCCUUGCCUAACUGGCUUAUCAACAGUUACAAAAUGGUAGAUGCUGCUGAACUUCUCCGCCUCUAUUUGAACUAUGACCUCUUGGAAGAAGCUGUGGAUUUGGUGCUGGAAUAUGUGGAUGCCUUACUUGGGAAAGGACCUCAUUACUUUGGCAUUGAGUUCCCAUUAUCAGCUACAACUCCAAUAGUUUGGCUUCCAUAUUCUGCAAUUGACCAGCUUCUUCAAGUGCUAAAAGAAAAUGCAACCAAUCGCCAUAACACAGUGCUAUAUCAGAAGGUGCAUGAGAAAUUAGAAGUCUACCAAAACCAGGUUGAUAAGGCAACUCGGGAUCUUCUGUAUCGUCGGAACUAGCAGAUAGACCUGGAUUGUGUGACUUUACUUAAUCACCUUGUGCCUGGUGGCCCUUCAGACAAAGCUACAAAAAAAGACUGUGCUAAUGUAAAUAACUGGCAUGAAGUAUGUGUGAAGCAUUUGCUUUGCAUGGAUAGGCUAGAGUCAUAGGGAACCCUGUGCGCUGCUGGUGGUGCUAUUAUUACAAAUUCUAUUUUUUCACAAUGAACCAAACAUUCCCUACCAGGGAAUGAUAGACUUUUUAAAAUAAAUAUGUUGGGGACGAUGAGUUAAAUUUAAGCUUUUAAGCCUGUGCCGAACUGGGUGCUAAUCAUUUCCAGCAAUGAAACCAUGGUUGUACAUUGCAUGUUCCUACCAUCUUUCUACUGAAUUAUUCCUUAUACUGUACUAUAUAUGGGAGCUAAUGGUGGUCGUAUUUAUUGUCACAGUUUUUUGAAUUAUCUUUAAUAAAAUGAAAACUUUGUUUAAAAAU